AUGGACUUCGCCUACGACCAAAUCCAAGAAGAGUCUUUACCAGCAGACCGCGAAAACCAACCGUCCACCUCCUCCCAACCCCCCACCGACCUCAACGCCGAAUUCCAGCAAGCCUUCAAAGCCGUGUCCGCCUCACCCUGGGGCGCCCGUCUCGGCGGCUUCUUCGCCCAAGCGAAAAAGCAAGGCGAAUCACUCUACUCGGACGCGCAAAAGGAAUACGCCAGCCGAAGUGAACAAGCCGCAAAAGUAGCAGGAGAGCUCCAGAAAUCGCUGGUCGAGAGCACGAGGAAUAUCUCUCUGGCGCCUGACGCUGGGGCUGCCAACACCUCUUUCUCAGAUCCUAAUUUUGCGUUGCCUGAGGGUGUAGCGACGGAGAAGGGCAAGGAAAAGGAGGUGCAAGAGACACAGACAACAGCUCAAGCAACAAGGCCAGACUCCCUCCCCGCCGACAUCGUCAAGGAGGCUACAUCCCUCGUCUCACUCCUCCGCUCCAAAGCCGCCAAUGCAACUGCAAAUCUCAACCUCCAAAAGAUACAAGCCGCAGAAGAUGCAGCAGACGAAGCACUUCUCAAAUUUGGCACAAACAUAAAAUCCUUCCUCCGCGAUGCCGUCACGGUCACCGCUCCCUCAUCCUCGUCGUCGUCCACUGAAGUCCUCUUCGAAACCAACGACGCAGAAGGCAAAAGAGUCAUUCAUUCAUCGCGAUUCGAUGCGCAAUUGCAUGUCAUUCAUACAUCACCACAAACCUUUGUCAACGAUCCUGAUAGCGCUGAGUACGCCGAAUUCGCAAAGGAGUUUGACAUUGCGGCAAAGACGGAUGGGAUUGCGAAGGAUUUGGAAAAGUAUUCCGAGUUGAGGAGGGCGAUGGAGAAGUUGGUGCCCGAGAAGGUCGAGUAUGCUGUCUUCUGGUCGAGGUAUUACUUUUUGCGCAAGGUCAUUCAGGAGGAAGAGGUCAGGAGGCGGGAGGUCCUCAAGGGAGCAGCACAAUCCACAAACGAAGACCUAACCUGGGACUCCGACUCGGACUCCGAAAACGAAGACUCCAAAUCCGCGACUCCCACAAAGCAAAAGCCCUCCGUAACCACCACUACAGCUCCCAUCUCCUCAAACCCUGCCUCAUCAACACCAGUCAAGUCUUCCACGCCCACCACAUUAACGCCCACCCAACCCCAACACGAAGAAGACAUCAAAUCCGUCUCUUCAACCAGCGACACCUCCUACGAUAUGGUAUCAGGAACAACCAGUCGAGCAACCACUUCUCCUAAAGAUGAGAAGAGUGAGAAGGUCGCUGCUGCUGCUGCACCAAAGAUCGAUGAGGAGAGUGAUGAGGAGGAUUGGGAGUAA